UCAUCAAACGAUGCUAUUUUUAACAGACUUCCUCUGCGAGCAGUGGAUUAACUAGUGCAUCUUAGUAGAUUCACUGAAGGGGAAUGGUGUUGUUGUGUUCUGGCGGUCAUCCCAGUGAAGGAAUGUGAUCAACAUGAAGAACAGACACGGAUGAAGAAGCUGUUAGUUGAUGCUACUGCUGUGAAUGAUUAGCUGUAGCUGUUAGCUGAUUUGGGCACUGCCUCUUCAUUCUACAAUUAACACUUAGCUAGUUAGCUUCACAGCAGCAGCAUUAGCUCUGUUUGGAUGCACGUUUGGACAACCUUUCUAAUGCUGAGCUGCUUUGUCUGCGAUGGAUCAUAACAACUCAGACAUACUAAGAGAUCAUGGUGGAAAGCCUGGUCUGACAGGAGACUGGGAGAAUUCUGAGCCAUUCUCUGCAGAAAAGGAGCAGUGGAGGUGUAGUCCCUGCAUGGUGACAGAGGAUCUGACUACUAAUGGUUCCCGGUCACAGAGUUCCAUCUCCCGUUCCCUGCAGCGGGCCGAGACUUUAUUCAGGAGCACUUUUAAUCCCAGUCUUAAGUGGCUGUUCCAUGGCCGCAGUCAAGAUGAGGAAGAAGAAGAAGAAGAGGGAAACUUUGUUGUUGCUCACAACCUGGUGUCCCGAUCCUCUGCACGCCUCCUGCAUCUGCAGCAAGCUCUUCUGGCUGUAGCACCACAGUGGCAACCAGUCAGCAGUGCACAGAUGGGGUCUCCUCAGGUAUGUGUUAAAGGCUUUCCAGCAGAGGGCGGUGUUCUCCUCCUGUCCUCCUCCUCCUUCCUGCAGGGGUACCACAGAACUCUGUGUAGGCUCCUGGAGGAGCGCUCUCGCCUGCUCUUCAUUCAUGAGUACACCAGGAGGGCUCGCAUAACAGCAGCAUACAUAUCCAGAGUGAGCAAGCUGCUGAACCAGAACUUGUCCAGCUGCUCUUCAUUCAGGGUGGGUUUUGGCUCACUGUGUCAGGAGCUGCGGGUACAUCUCAAUCACUGGUCUUGCCUGUCUUCCAAAGUGCAGUCUGACCCCUAUCUGAGACCUGCUCUGGUCCAGCAGGCCAAGCUGCUACUAGAAAUCAGACAGACUCUGGACUUAUUGGGCCUGCAGGCGCUGGUUGUGAUGGAACAUUAUGUGCAUGUUGUUCUGUCUGCUAUAGCCCAGACUGAACUAGACUGUGUACCAAGAGAAGUGCUGGAGGAUAUUUUAGCUGGUACAGACCUGUAUAGCCAGGCAGUGGAAGAGCAGAGAGCACAGGCCAGCAUCACCCAGCUGAGGACUACAGUAUUACAACAUGCACAUUAUUCCACACUGGAUUCUAGUCUUACCAACAGCAGGGGGUAUCACCCCACUGCCUUCUCAGUGAAAGAACUGAUGAAGAUUUUAGCAGUGCAUCAUGCAGAUAUGGCAGCUAAGCAUCUACACCGCUGGGCCUCUGAGCAGAGCUAUCACAUCUGUAAGGGCCACACAUUCUCUGAUAACCCCAUCAGUCAGGUGUCCAGGCUGAGCUGUGGGACCUUCACACUGAGAUCUAAGUGGACCUGGGAGCAGCAUUCCUCUCCUCUAACCUCGAUUACUCCUCUCUCCCCUCUGCAGUCAUCUGCUCAUCACAAUUACCAUAAAACUCCUCCUGUGUACAUCCCUGACCACCAUCCUUCAUUAUCCAAGCCCACCCCUGUCCUACAAAGACCAGAGUUCCUUCAUAACGACCAAACCAGAAGUAACUUUCCCAACCAGUGCCAAAUAUACAUAUACCAGACCAGUGUGGAUGCUUUGAACUCUCAUCUUAAAAACUCAAACCUAGAAAAACAGACCAGUUUAGAAAACUGUAAACUAUUACAGACUGCUACACCCCCUUCAGCCUCCCUCCAUCACCUCUCAUCCCUGCCUAGGUUUUGCCAACAGGACCAGUCCUCUGUAGAGCUACUUUUUCAGGUGCUUGUUUCAUCCAAUGACCUACUAGCUCCACUGGUAUCACAUACACCAACACCAGAGGCACCCGCUGAACAAAUGCUCCCACAUACAAAAACAACAGAUGUGCCAUCGCAAAAUGGAAAGACUGACCCGCUGAUUUCCAAUGCUCCAAUCACUGAUUCAGUGGAGUUAAAUGGACUGAGAACAGAACUGAUUGGGGGUCAAAAUUUGGAGGGAACUCAGCAGGGAGGGGCUGAGCUGGAAACAACAAUCAGGCCAGAAGCCACUGCCAGCUCAGGCUUUGAGAAGGAUGGAGACCCAAAGAAAGAGGAGACUGUGGGAGCAGAGGGGACGACAGUGGAGCCAGAAUGUGUUCGUCAGUCUCGCUCGGUCCAGUGGUUAGACAUUGAUCAGUCGCUGGUGUUUGAUGAUCUGUUUGGACAGUACCGCACCCUGCUGUGGAGUCUGUGCAGCAAAGCCCUGUGGCUGCAGCUGCAUGUGCCACCAGCAGGAAACAAUGCAGGAAGCAUCAACCUCCAUGACAACCACAGGAGGUUCCAGAUCUUGAACAUGAUCAGUCAAGCUUCAAAGAUGGAUCUGAUUCCAAACGAGUGCAGAACCAUGCUGGAGGACUUCAAUCUGUGUUUUUUAGUCAACACAGCACAUGCUCAUUGGGACUAUGUGAUUUGCAGAAGUUUAGGUUCAGCUCUGAAAGAUAAGUGUCUCACAGAUGUAAAUCACAGUAUCAGGUGUCUGACACUGUCAUCUAAGCAAGAUGGAAGUGUGAUGAUGUCAGAGACCAUGGAGCACUUCCUGCAGCUGUCCCCUCCUUUCCUGUCCUCCCUGUGCUGCCAUCAGUCAAACAGCAGGGCCUCAGGUUGUUUUAGUCUCUUCCCCUCUAGGCUCACUCUGCAGAGGCAGACUGUUAGCUUGGUGCUUGCCACAGUGCAGCUGUCUACAGCCUGGGUCAUGUCAAAGGCCUAUCAGUUCCUUUCCUCAUGGAGCCUCAACAAGUUCCUACUCAUCACACAAGGAGACCUGAAAGUGCUGAGAGAGUCAGUAGACAUGAUGGUGCAGCAGACUAAGUCCCUGAUAAUGAAUUCAGACAAUGAUCAUCAUUCCACUCUUCAUAACCACAGUCAACUUCUGCUGAGGCAGCAGAUCGGAGUGCUUGACAAGGCUGUGUGUGAGCUGCAGACCUUCUCUUCUCUAGUGCUGAAGACCUUUUCCAAUGACUGCAAGAGGAUGUCUGGGGAGAUCUUUGAACAGACCAUGCCUUCUGCUGCACACUGGAGACCUCACCACAGGACAGGUUUUCCCAGCAGCCCCAGUGAGUAUGCAGCUCUGGCAGCUCAAACUGUAAUUGGUCAGGUUGUAGAGGGUGUGGCACCAUUAUCUGAUGAAGCCCGUGUCCAAGCACUGAGUAUAACAAUGACAGCUUUCAUGGAGGCAUGGAUGGAACACAUUCUGAAACAGAAGAUCAAAUUCAGUGUGCAGGGAGCUCUCCAGCUGAAGCAGGACUUUGAUUCUAUCAAAGAGUUGAUCCAGUCAGACAGAUACGGUCUGCCAGCUGAACUCCACCAGCGACUGCUCAGCCUCAGGGUUUUUCAGCAGGUGGACUCAGCAGUAGUGUGUUUACUCCAGCAGACACAAGCCAAACCAUACCUGCAGUCCAGAACCUGGGAGCCUUUCUCACGCUGCUGUCCAUCUAAUAGCAGCAGAAACAGCAUUGAUGCAGCAGUGGGGAGCAGUAUCACCAACCUGAGGAGUAUGGAGGGUGAGGACAUGACUCAGUCUGAUCUCCCAGACAUGACCACUGACCUCUCUCCAGUGGAUCCAUCCACGCCCGGAGAGCCUUACCUUGCUCCAAGUCUAGCUCUGGGUGCUGCUCAGCAGGAAUGGUUGGACCUGAGGAUCCACAACAGCACUCGUCGUUGGAGGCUGCCGGGACUACAUUGUCUCUCCAAUUCUGAACCCUGAACCCACAGACAUAAAAAAAUAAAAUAAUAUAAUAUAUUAUAAAAUAAUAAAUGUUUUUAUUGUUGGUAUUUUAUUAUAUUGGUUAUUGUGAUGCCUCUGAAAGUUACUUUUGGAUAGUAUAAAACCUUUUUUUACUUGAUGUCUAUAGACAAUUUUUU